CGGUUGUUUCUUUUGAAGUUUUAUUGCACUCGGGAAAUGCCAUAGCGUGUUCAGCUGGCUCACCUUCUACCUGAAAUUCGAUGGACGGCGCUUCACUGCUGCAGCGAUACCGUCGCGAUCGCCGGAAGCUUCUGGAGUUUUUGUUAUCGUCUGGCUUGAUCAAGGAAAUUCGAACUCCGGCUGGCUCUAGUACCGUCUCCAACCUCAACCUCGAUGCUCUAAGCAUCGAUUACGUUCUGGAAUGCAUCCAAUCCAGUCGUGUGGUAGAUGUUUCUGUAGCUAGUAAGAGAUAUCGGGAAGAACUUCAACAGCCAAUAACGAUGCAGUCGCACUUUGGGGAUUCAUAUUUUCUUCUUUCGGGUGCAGAAACAGCCGGGUCUCCUCCCAGACGGAUACCACCUGUUGUUGCGUACAACUAUAACAAUCAUACAUUUAGUGAUUCUGAUCUUCCAAGUUCUCGUUCUGGUUUUGAGAAUGAAUUGAAACAUGCACACCCUGGACCAACAAAGUCACUCCCACGAAAUCAUGUUCAUAUCCCUAAAAUUGGAUUACCUACCUUACAAACAGGACUAUUGGAUGAUGACUUGAGGGAAUCUGCUUAUGAAAUAUUCCUUGCUUGUUUGGUGUUUUCUCGUAAGAUGGAACUUCAUUUGAAUGAGAAUAGAAAGAAGAACUCUAGAUUUUUGGCUGGGUUGAAGAAUAAAAGGGUUAAAAGGCAUCCAAUGCCCGAUUCUUUUGAUAGGCCAUCAGAGCUCAUUGACAUUUUUCGGUCACAAAUGCAGAUCUCAGAAGCUAUGGAUAGUCUCAUUCGACAAUGUUUGGCUGCUGUAGCAGCGGGGAGAGCUCGGGAACAGAUUGAUGUUCCCCAAAUCAUCCUUGGAUUGUUGAAUGGAAUGCUCAAGUCUGAUUUUCCGAACGAGAAGUCAUAUAUCCUAUGGAAGAGCAGACAAGCAGACAUUCUUGAAGAACUUCUUUCCUCAGCUGAGUAUGUCAAUGAUAAGAAGCAAUCAGUUGACAUUUUGAUUGAUAGAAUCAGAAAUCCCGAGGAUUGGGACACUAGGAUGUCUCCCUCUGAACGCUUUGAAGUCCUAUCAGCUAUUAGUCAUAUUGCGUUGACAUUAUCGAGCAUGCCACCAAAGUAUGGAAUUCUGGGGGAAAGUUAUUAUUGGAGUGCUGGCUAUCAGUUGAAUAUCAGGAUUUAUGAGAAGCUACUUGUUGGGUUGUUUGACAUUCUUGAAGAUGACCACCUUAUAGAGGAAGCUGGUGAAAUCCUCAAUCUACUCAAGUCAUCUUGGUCGAUGUUAGGCAUUACUCAGAAACUCCAUAACGUGAUACAUGCAUGGGUGCUUUUUCAACAGAAACCUUCUCUCCUCAAUGAGGUGAUGAGCAUGGCAUUGAUGGUUGGAGCAUAUAGUUUUGAAUCAUGUGACAAGAACAAGGAUUUGUUUGUUGCUGAUGGAGAAGGGCUUCCCCGGUCAUUAGUUACUGAGGAAGCAAAAGCUGUGCAACAAAUAAUAAGCUUGUUUUCCCUCCAGGCUGACUCUGUGAUUAGAAUGCUGAUGACUUCUAGUCGACAUAUGACAGCAGGACAUGAUGUACAUCAAAAUGAUUUUAGGAACAUCGGAGAUGCACAGACUUUAAUGCGUGUUUUAUGUCACAUGAAAGAUGCAGGGGCGUCGAAGUUCUUGAAGAUGCAUUAUAACCUUCCCGCGUCUUCGGAGUACGAGGAAAACGCACGAGAGGAGUCCGUUUCUGGUUCCCCUCUGAUAGCUGAUCUUAUAAAGCGAAGCGCUUCGCUUCGCUUGUCUGACAGAGGCAGCAGCAGCUUCAGAUCUAUAAAGAAAAAGUUUCACGAAGCCACGUCCGAUCUCAGGCAUGUUGCUUGUCCGUAUCAUUCGACCCCCCAUAAGGCCCAACGUCCUCGUUGGUCACGGCUACGUUGGUCACGACUGGUUUCACUCAGAGCCAACCUCGGAGUGGUGGCCCACGGAGUGGUGGCCUGGAGAGAGCCAGCCGUGACCAACGUGGCCGUGACCAACGAGGACGUUGGGUCUUCACAAUAUUCUGAUAAUUUCACAAUUCACCGUUCUCCACCACCUCAGAUUUUUAUUCUUUUCUUGCUUGCUCAAGAGAAGUUUGUGCAGAAAUGCUGGAUUCCUGUUGUGAAAAAAGCUGCAAAGGCGGAACAUUCCACUGUUAAAGGGAGUAACCCUACCAUUCCUGAAGCUAUGCCUUCUUUAUAUGCAACAAGGGCAAUUCAGCUCUUUGGCGAUUCAUUGUCACUGAGAAAUCUUUCUUGGCGGCUAAGUAGAGGAUCUCCACUCAAUGACAGGGUGAGGUUUUUAAGUGACUGUGGUCCUCUUACCCUAGCUAGUCUUGGGCUGAAGAAUGGAGUUGAAGGCAGGAAAGUCAAAACUAAGCUUGUGCAAAAGAGUGUUUCCAUAACUGAAGUCCCUAAGGUAUUUUCUGGAGUGCCAAGAGACCCUAAGGGUACUUUAAAGAAAAAGAUAAACAGUGGAAGAAGCAUUGGAUUGAAAGAUACAAAGUCCAUAGACACAGGGGAAGCAGCAGCACCCUUUGCUGCAAAGUCUUUCUCUGACCUUGGCCUUCCACCAUUACUAAUCGAGAGACUCGAGAAGGAAGGGUUCAAAGAUCCAACAGAUGUUCAGGCUGCUGCGGUUCCAACAAUUUUGGAAAAUCACGACGUCGUGAUUCAGUCCUACACUGGGUCAGGAAAAACAUUGGCUUAUCUUCUUCCAAUACUCUCCAAUGUCUUUUUCCCCAUCAAUGGUGAAAAAGCCUCUUCAAGCAGAGCAGAUAUAAAAGCUGUGAUUGUGGCUCCUUCAAGGGAACUUGGCAUGCAGAUUGUUAGGGAAGCCGAAAAGCUUUUGGGACCUGAUAGGAAAAUGGUUCAACAGCUUGUGGGUGGGGCGAACCGGUCGAGACAAGAAGAAGCACUCAAGAAAAACAAACCAUCUGUGGUAAUCGGCACUCCCGGGCGAAUUGCAGAGAUUAGUGCAUCCGGAAAGCUCCACACGCACGGAUGCCGUUACUUGGUCUUAGAUGAAGUUGAUGAGCUUCUUGCUUUCAAUUUCCGGGAAGACAUGCAACGGAUAUUGGAUCACGUGGGGACCACAAAAUCUGGACCCCAUGGCUCAAGCAGUUUGCUUGUGAAGAACCAUGCUUCCCGCCAGACGAUCAUGGUUUCUGCAACAGUGCCAUUCUCGGUCAUAAGAGCUGCUCGAAGCUGGGGACGGGACCCACUCCUCGUCCAAGCCAACAGUGUGCUUCCUCUUCACUCCAUGCCUCUUGCAUUGCAGCCUUCCAACUCACUGCAGGCUCCUCAGCCAGCAGCUGUGCUGACCCUACCUCCCAAUCUAAACCAUUACUAUUGCGUCACGAGGAUUCAACACAAAGUCGACAUGCUGAGAAGGUGUGUUCAUGCCCUGGAGGGUAAAUCUGUCAUUGCAUUCAUGAACCAUACCAAGCAACUGAAAGACACUGUUCACAAACUUGAAGCUCGCGGCAUGAAAGCUGCAGAACUGCAUGGGGACCUCAGCAAGCUGGCGAGGUCGACCGUUUUGAAGAGCUUUAAAAGUGGAGAUGUGAGGGUGUUGGUUACCAGUGAGCUCUCUGCAAGAGGUUUGGACGUGCCGGAAUGCGACCUUGUUGUGAAUCUGGAGUUACCGACCGAUUCUGUCCAUUAUGCCCAUAGAGCUGGCCGGGCGGGGAGGCUUGGACGGAGGGGUAAUGUGGUCAAUAUAUGCGAGGAACCCGAAGUCUUCGUUGUGAAAAAGCUUCAGAAGCAGCUCAGCAUUGCCAUUCAAAGUUGUGAGUUUGCUGAAGGAAAACUGGCCAUUACUGAAGACUGAUAAUGUUAUAAUUAAAAUUAUUUUUGAUAU